AUGGCGGUAGGCCACACCAUCGGUUUGGAUACCGACCUGGUCAAGGCAGCUGUCUCGAGGAUCCAGGACAGGCCAUUUCGAGUGAUACAACGCAACGGAAUGAUUGGAAACGGUGAUGAUGGGCUAGCAACACACAGGCAUGACUUGCAAAAGAGUGACGAGACCAAGAAAAGCACAGCCUUGCGAUACCUCGCCGGGCGCGAGAAAGAGGCGAAGCGGAAUCAGAAGCCAUCGCCUUGGAAGCCGAGAGGGAACGCGGCGGCGACGGCAAGGGAUCAUAGUGGGGAUGCGGACAUCAAGUUCUAUUCGGCAUGUUUUUGUCCCUUCUCCCAGCGCGUCUGGAUCGCGCUUGAAGCUAUGGGUUUCAAGUACCAGUACUGUGAGACAGAUCCGCUUCGCAAGCCCAAACCUACUCCAUUGCUCGAGGCAAACCCGAGAGGGCUCGUCCCCGCCAUAUGGCAAGGAGGAUGGGCUUGUGCGGAGAGUUCUGUCAUCCUGGAAUACCUUGAAGACACCAACAGCACAAUCCCGCUACAUCCAACGAUCCCCAAGCUGAAGGCGAUUUGCCGAUUGUGGAUUGACUUUAUUAAUACUAGAAUCGUUCCCUCCUUUUCUGGCGCUUUAUUAGCAACCGUCGAUGAGGCGAGGAGUCAGCAUAUGGAGAUGUUGCAGCACCAGAUCUGCGAGCUCACCCAGGCCGCUGAUGAAAAGGGCCCCUAUUUCCUUGGCGACCAGAUGUGUCUCGUCGAUGUCCACCUUGCACCCUUUGCGCUCAGGCUGUCUCGCCUAGCACCCUUCCGUGGAUUAAACCUACAAGCACUUCCGGCAAGAUGGAAAGGAUGGCUAGAUGCUCUCGAACAGAACCCCCAUGUGCGUAGCACCAUGAGCACCGAUGCGCUUUACGCCCAGUCGAUGAAUGACUUGCUCAAGGGGUUCCGGGGAAUAUCCGACUGA